AUGGCUCGUACUAAGCAAACAGCUUGGGAAUCCACCGGAGGAAAAGCCCCAAGGAAGCAAGUGGCAACAAAAGCAGCUCGUAAAUCAGCACCAGCGACCGGAGGAGUGAAGAAACCACACAGAUUCAGGCCAGGAACUGUUGCUCUUCGUGAAAUCAGGAAAUACCAGAAGAGUACUGAACUGUUGAUCCGCAAACCCCCAUUUCAAAGAUUAGUUCGUGAAAUAGAUCAAGAUUUCAAGACCGGUUUAAGGUUUCAGAGUUCAGCAGUUGCAGCUUUACAAGAAGCAGCUGAAGCCUAUCUUGUUGGUUUGUUUGAAGAUACUCAUCUCUGUGCUAUUCAUGCUAAGAGGGUUACUAUUAUGCCUAAAGAUAUUCAACUUGCCAGGAGAAUCAGAGGAUGA